AUGAGUCAAAAGAUUGGGGAGGGUGCUUUCAGCUCUGUAUACAUAGGGGAGGAGAAGGGAGAGAGAAAAGUGGCCAUUAAGAAAAUUAACAGAACCACAUCCCCAAGCAGAAUAGCAAAUGAACUUAAACUUCUAAUAAGCCUACAAGGAAUGAAGAAUAUUAUUGAAGUAAUUGACAUAUACAGGUCAGAUAAAGACAUCUGCAUUGUAUUCCCGUAUGUAAAGAUCAAUGACUUCAAGGAAAUACUUGAAAUAUGUACUAUUUCAGAUAUAAAGUGCUAUAUGUUUGAGCUUCUAACAGCAAUACAAGGUGUUCACUCUCAUAAUAUCAUUCAUAGAGAUAUAAAACCAAGUAAUUUUCUGUAUGAUUUAGAGAAAAAGACAGGCUGGCUCAUUGACUUUGGUCUUUCCCAGAAAAUAGAGAAAAAAAAUGAAGAUGUUGAGACAGACCAAACAGCAAAAAGACGGAAAUUCUUCUUUAGCUCGCAUUUGGCUGGGAAGAGUAAGCCUAUUAUCUCUAGGGCACCAGGUUAUCUGAUACGAGAUUCUCGUCCAUCUAUGACUGCAUCUAGAUCUGGUACUCGUGGAUUUAAGGCACCUGAAGUACUCUUUAGAGUUGAGGCACAGACAACAGCCAUAGACAUAUGGAGUGCAGGAGUGAUCCUUCUCUCACUUCUCUGCAAGAAAUAUCCCUUCUUUACAUCAAAGGAUGACAUAGGCACACUUGUUGAGAUAGGCACUGUCUUUGGGGAUGAAGAGAUGAGGCAGGCUGCAAAGUUCUACAAACGAGUUUGGAAGAGCAAUAUAGAAGCAUGUAUGCACCCGGCAGUUCCCUUUGAGAAGCUUGUUGAGAUGGCAAUUAAGAAAAAGCCACAUUUCCCAAGCUCUGUAUUCGACCUACUAGAGAAAAUGCUUAUGUUAAAGACAUCAGAGAGAAUAACUGCAGAUGAAGCACUAAGACACAAGUUCUUCAGUGACUAG